UGUGGAAUCUAACCUCUUUGACAUUUAUUUGGUUUGUUUUGAUUGACCAUUUCACAAUAUAACAAUAUUCUUGCAGUUUUUUCGUAUAAUACCAAUCAUGGCAUCUGCCAGCAGUACCAGUGCCAGAUCUUUAUUUGCAGAUUCAAAAAUGCGCCUAGCCGACAGGGUACAGAUUCUUAUGCACUCGACUCGUAACUUUGCUGUCCAAGAGCAAGCAAUAGAAAACAGCCUGAAUAAUUUGAAAAGGAUGCAGUUGUUAUGUACUCACUUAGGAUAUCAACAAUCGGCUAUGUUGAAGUCUGCACAACAACUGGAGGAAGUUAAGGAACAAGUUUGCGCAAUGCAAAGAUAAAUGUGGGAAAUCUUUUAUUGUGCCACUCUAGAUAAUAACUGAUAAGUGAGAAUAAAUGAUUAUUGUCAAAAACUGUAAUUCUACCUUCUAGUCAACUGCAUUUUUUCUUCACAUUCCUUAUAUGUUAACAAAGUAUGUUUAUUUGUUUGUUAAUGUAUUAAUAUAUCGAUUAUAAAUUACUUUAUUACUUUUCAAUACUUCUUCUAUGGAAGAGUAACAAAUUAGAUGGGACAUUAAAAGUACACAACUAGAAAUGGGAAAUAUCAAAAUUGCAUCCAAAUCAUUGUUGUUGUGCAAAGUAAACAGGACAAAGAAAAUGGUGAUCAAACAUUUUUUGUUUCCGCAAAUCGAAUUUAUUUCAUUAAAAAUAGGCUCCUUCAGAGUCAAUACAGCAAUUUGCACAGACCAACGUAUUUUCGAAUGACGAUUUUAGCUCAAAAUGGUUGUAGACGCCUUUUGGAUGGCCUCUAUGUUUCCUUCGAAUCGUAGAAACAAAUCGACAUUGUCUUCACUUUGGACUUUUCCAAACGGCUUCUUUUCGGAUUUGGUACGCUUGGGUGCUUCCAUUCGGCACUUUGACGAUUGGAUCGUACUCAAAAUACCACGUUUCGUCACCAGUCACGAUGUUGUACAGCAAGUUUUUGUCUUUUUUGGCCUCUCGAAUGUUGAAGCAAUUUUUGGUCAUCCGUCAGCUUUUGCAACAAACCAUGAACACACCUCUCUCAUUCCUAAAGUCUUGGUCAAAAUGCGGUGGAUUGCAUCUUUAGA